AUGUUUCUCUACAUGCUAAUCCUCAUGGCGUAUCAUAGCAGCAGAUGGCUACCGAGGAGUCAGAGGUUAAAAUUUCAGAUAGUGAAUGCAGUGUUUGCGGCACUUGUCCUGGUUCCUCAGUUCUACAUCCUGGGAAGGCCCAAAUCCUCACGAUACUGCAGACAGCCUCUUCUGAACAACCUGUCAGCCUCCAUCGCCUUGUCCUUCAUAGCUACAGGUUUUGCAGUGAUAUUCACAUUAAUAGACCCGGUUCCUCAGAGCUUGUGGGCUGCCUAUCAUCUGUUUGGGCUGCUGACGUGUGGACAAGGACUAUGCACCGUCAUCCUGACGCUGACAGCAGCAGCAUGUGCCAAAACCACCCCUGAGCUGUACUACAUGUCCCUUAUUCUAACGGUCGCAGCUAUUGUCAGCACAGGUUAUUUCAUGGUGAGAGGAGGACUCUGGCUGGCUAAGAGGAAGCCCGUGACCAACCCGAGCAGAAACAAUGAGCAGUAA